AGUAAGUCGGAGAGAUGCUCCUUGUAUUAAGAAAACUUAAUAUCAGUUUAAGCUCGUAUUAAGAAGAUAAUAGUCCAUUUUAAGUAGCUACUAAAUUAUAAUUAUGAAGUUUAUUGUUGUAGUGCUGUUUUUGUUAUUUGCAUUGGUUCACGGAGGAUUAAUUGCAAAAAAAAUAUCCAAAGAAAAAACGACUGAAAAAACAGCACCUGUUGAAAAUGUUGACUUAUCGAAUGAGUCAGGCGACUUAAUAGUCGAUGAAAUUGUUACAGAAAGCUCUACAAAUAGGAACGAAGAUGAAGCACAUACAGAAGAACCUCCACUAAGUAAGGAUGACAAGGUGAAAAAAAGUGAGAAAUUGACAAAAUCGGAUACAGAAAACAUAACUGAGAAGCCAAUUAAAGCCACAGAAAAGCCAACAAAAGAUGAAGAAAAUAAACAGGCAGCUCACAAUCAUGAUGACACUCCACUGAAAAAAGUUGCAAACAAACUAGAAGAAGAGUUGAAAAAAAUUAAGGAUGAGCCCUUACCUACACAGAAACCAACUCAAGCAACAACAUCUUCCCCUGCAAACCCUAAAAAGUCAUCAAAAAAUAAUGCAACAUCAAAAGAUUCACGAUGCUUUGUUGUGCUUACUUCAUUUGUAGUAAUCUUAAUUGCAGCAUUUUUAUAAAGCUUUUUAAACAAAACUUAGUUUCUCAUACUUCAUUUCACAUUAGAAAUUCUAGAAUUAACAUAAUUGUACUGAAAGCUUCUUAGUUGAAACUGAAUUGAAAGCGUUAGAUAAAAACAAAAUUCGAUACAAAUAAAUAGACAUUGUUCAACAAUAAAAUGCUCAA